AUGCUUUGUCAUUCCUGUUAUGGUGCCGAACAAGAAAAUGAAUUACUCGAACACUAUGAAAAGGAAGAGAAAGUCAUUUCAAAACAAGGAGCAAGCAGUACAUCGACGAAUGGGCUUUUAACAAACGGUACUAUUGCUACUAUGGAUAUUGCCAAUGUUGAAAUAAGUAAACCCACAAAUUUCAAACGGGGAAUACAUAUUGCCAUUGAUGAGGAACAAGGAGUGUUAAAAGGCGUUCCUGAACAAUGGAGAACCAUGGUCGGUGAAGCUCACUCCUAUGACAAUUAUCGUAAAAUGACUGAAGAAGAUAUUGCACCAUAUUUAAUACCUGAAUUAGGACACGAGAACGAUCAUCAUGACCGUGCACAUUCUCACGAAGAGGAAGGUUUUUCUGGACUCGUGAUAACUCGACCUACAGAAUUCACACAUCACAUUCAUGUCGAUUACGAUCCAGAACGAGGAUUUACUGGAUUACCUGAUACUUGGAAAGAGAUUCUUGAAAAGGGAGUCAAUAAGGGAGAUAUUACCAUUGAUGAAGUGAUGAAUCACAAAGAAGAUGCAGCAAGAAUUGCAGGGUUCAUUGAUGGAGGUUUAACAUUGGCUCCUCUCAAAAUUCCAACCUCAGCAUCCAAACCUAAAAAACGACUUCCAGAUUUCAUCUCACAAGAAGAUCCCACUAAAAUCUUCUCCCAUCUCAAACCCAUCGAUGAAGGCAGCACAGGAGUGGUCAUGCUCGGCACUCACAUCAAAUCCAAUAUCAAAUGUGCCGUAAAAAAGAUUGAAAUUCAACAAACGACCAAAUUGGAAACUCUGGAAAAUGAAUUGGCCAUGAUGGAAUCGUGUUCACAUUCAAACAUUGUACAAUAUAUGGGAGCGUAUCAUCAUGAUCAUCAUUUGUGGAUUUCGAUGGAAUUUAUGGAUGGAGGAAAAUUGACAGAUAUCUUGUACAAGACCAUUCUUCGAGAGGAUGAGAUUGCCUAUGUCUUGAGAGAAUGUCUCAAAGCUUUGAAAUAUUUACACGAUAGUAACAAGAUGCAUCGUGAUAUUAAGAGUGAUAAUGUACUUGUAAAUUCGAAAGGAGAAGUGAAAUUGGCAGAUUUUGGAUUUUGUGUGGAAUUGACGACACGAAAAGAGAAACGUAAAUCUACGGUUGGAACUCCUUACUGGAUGGCUCCUGAAGUGAUUCGAGCCAUUGAAUAUGGACCCAAUGUCGACAUUUGGAGUUUGGGAAUUAUGGCAUUGGAAAUGGCUGAGGGAGAACCUCCAUUGAUUGAACUACCCGUGUUGAGAGCUUUAUUCAUUAUUGCGACACAACCUCCUCCAACUCUAAGAGAACCUCAUCGAUGGUCCAGUAAUUUCAGUGACUUUUUAUCGAGAUGUUUGGUCAAGGAUCCAGCAGAGAGAGCUUCUGCUACCGAGUUAUUGGAACAUCCAUUCUUACAAAAUGCAUGUGCCCCAUCGAGAAUGUCUGAUUUAUUGAAAAAGUAUCACUUGUUGAAACAUUAA